AGGACAGACAGCGGAGAUCAGAUCGCAAAGUUUGGAGUGAAGAUUAUCACCGUAUAAACUACACCGCCUCCUCCUGCUGAAGAUAAAGAUAAUCCUGAUUUUGUGUCAGAAGAGGUCAGAGGGGUUUCAUGACAACACAUGAGCAACAGAGGGAGAUUUCAAAAUGGAGAUGGAGCUUUUUCACCAAACAAACCCAUGGAAUAUUAUUUUCUCAGCAUCUGGGAUUAAACUGUUCUAGGACCUUUAAGCAUUAACUGGCUGCAUUCUUGAUAACUUUCAAAACGUCACAUUAUGGACAUCUCAGGUUCUUUGCCUCCACCUUCCCCAUAUACCUUCCCUAUCAUCCCCAAUGUCUCUGUGCCCUCCUCCUCUCCCUCCAUCUCUCCAUCACCCAGCCUGGCAUCCACAGCUCUUUUCUGUUCCCUCCUCUCCCUCCUCUCGUUGCUGGGCAUCACAGGAAACCUGUACACUUUAGUCCUCCUUCUGAGGCGUAGGAGAAGUAGAAGACGUUGCGUAGGGCCAAACUGCUGCCUAAUGAGAGUACCUGUACCAUCCUGCCUUGCCAACUCCUCCUCCCCUUCAGCCUCCCCCAUCUCCUCUUCUUCCUCCUCCUCUUCCUCUCUUCACCUCCAGGUGCUGAGCCUUGCUCUUGCUGAUCUGCUCUACCUUUUCACUGCUCCCUUCAUCGUGUACGACAGCCUGGCAUCUGGCUGGGCCUUUGGUGAGCUGGGCUGUCGCCUCCUCCUGAGCCUGGACCUCCUCACCAUGCACGCCUCCAUCUUCACCCUGACUGCCAUGAGUCUGGACCGCUACCGGGCUGUGGCUCACCCCCUGCACACCUCCUCCUCUAACUCCUCUGGCCUGCUGCGUGUCAGUCUGGCCUGGGGGCUGGCUGUGGCUCUUAGUCUGCCCAUGAUGAUCACCCUGCACCUGGAGGAUGGGGAGAACCAGGAGGGCCAGCUGUGUGUGCCGGCAUGGGACGAGCAGAGCUCCAAGGCCUAUUUGAGUGUGUUGUUCUGCACCAGCAUCCUCGGUCCUGGGCUGGCCAUCGGAGCACUGUAUGCCACUCUGGGCCGGCUUUACUGGGUGUCUCAGACCCGGCCGGCCUGGGCCACCGGGAGCAACUCUGCUUGUCCUGCCCGUGCUCCCAAACCCAAAGUCCUGCUCCUCAUCCUGGGUAUUGUCCUGGCCUUUUGGGCCUGCUUUCUCCCUUUCUGGAUCUGGCAGCUGCUGCCUCUGUACCAGCCUGACAUGCUGCGGACAGUACCAGUGGGGACACAGGUGACAGUCAACCGUAUCCUCACUGGGCUGACCUAUGGAAACUCUUGUGUGAAUCCAUUCUUCUACACACUAUUGACGGGAAAACGAAGACACAACAGGCAGACGCUGACAUCAGCAAAUCAGCUCUGCCGCAAGAGCAGUCCACUGCAGUAGUGCUGUGUCUCAGUCAGUAGCAGAGACAAUAAUGUGAACGUGUACAUACAUGUGUGUUUAACAGCAUGCAAACAUAUGAAAAGGUACUGUACUUGAAUGCUUCAUGAGUUCCACCAUUGGCACCAAAGAAGAUUGAUUUAGCCUUAGCCUAAAAACUGAGGAAACGGAAUGACAAUAAUGAUAGCACUUUGGAUAAAUGCUUUGUGAACGGACAAUAUUUCCUAUUAGGAGAUUAAAUGUUAAUUAUAUUCUGGUUUUACCAGCCAAAAAAAAGACAAUCUCUGUAAUGUGUCACCUAAUAAAUGUUUUCUCUGUAGAAGUUCUCCAAACUUUGGUGGCCAUAUCAAAUAAUGCCUCUAAUUGCUGUAGUAACCAAGUUUACAUACACAAUCUGGUUUUAAAUGUUUUAUUGAUAUUAUUUUUGUGACUAUGGCAAUGUAAUACAAUGUCUUUUUUUUUUUUAAAUAAGUGGUUACUACAGUAAUUAUAUUUAUCACAUUACCAAAAGCAAUUUAACUAAAAUCAACAGAUGAACAGUUUUAUUUUGUAAACAUUUCCAGUAGAAACCCUGAUGCACUUCUGCUUGUUUUCAGAGAAAUAUCAAAGAAAAUGUUUGUUUUUGAACAACUGGUUGUAACUGGUCGGGGCCUUGUUGGGACAUUUUUCAGAGACAUUAUUUGUUGACAUAAUGAAUUAUGUUUGAGCCGGUCAACAGUCUUUUGUUUGCUUCCACCGACCCCUGGCAUAUCUAAAACAACUCACUUUUUUAUAAUCAUGACCUGCAUGUUGAGUUUGAAAAUGUACUUAUUAUUAUGAAUCAUGCAUUGCUUUGCAUGGCCUCAACUUGUCUUGACUGUAGCUGAUGUUUAUAAUGAUGCAUAAUAUAUAUAGCCUUGAAUAAAGAGUAUGCUUC